GCUCAAGUAUUUGCAGAUCACAGACCAAUGCUUACCAUACAUCUUAAAAUUACAACAUCUUGAAGAUUUGGUUCUAGAGGGGUGUUUUGGCCUAGACGAUAGCAGCCUUGAGGUCCUCAGAUAUGGCUGCAAGUCGUUAAAGAAAUGGUUCCCUUAUCAAUCUUUUCAUCAAGAUCCAGAAUUUGUUGCUAAGCACCUUCACAACACUAACAAUGUCGUAUCGUCUAAAAUGCGCCACCUUUUCCAUUUGUCGGAUGUUUCCUUCCAUGAGGCAGUGCAAGCUCGGAAUGGGAUUUGGCUCCGAUUUGAGCAAAGAAAUGGGAUUUGGAUACGAUUUGAGAACUGAGGGAUACAAGAUUGUUAGGAUUUUAGCUGCUGAUGAUGCUAUUGAUGGACCAAUAAUUAUGCUUUUUGAUUCUGAUAGAGAUGAUGAUAUUGAUGGAUGAAGAACUUGUCCUUACUAUGGAUCUGAGGUAACCACCCUUGGUUCUAGUAUCUGGAGAAAGAAUGGGAUGCUUAUAGACUGUUUCUCAUUACGAUCACUCUACAGUCAUACAUACUGCAAAGGAGUGUUUUAUUGGAUGACAUAUUCUAUUGAGGGCGUGAUCCUUGCGUUUGACAUGUGUGAGGAGAUAUUUCGUUGUAUAAAGCCUCCGAAUGAUGUUUUUGUAUGUGAUGGAUCACAUUGGAGGACUGAUCUCAUGGCGUGGAAUGGCUCUCUCGUUUUAUUGUUUGAUAAUCCUUCUCGUGGGCAAAUGAGGAGUGAACCAAGAUCCAUUGAUAUGUGGGUGAUGAACGACAACAAUGGAGGUGGCAGAAGAGGAUCUUACUCGUGGAUCAAAUAUCUUACGAUAGAAAACCUAAAUGGCAUGCUUGUGCCAUUGACAUUUUGGAAGAGUGAUGAACUCCUUAUGGAUGAUUUAGAAAAGGAAAAGUUGGUCUCCUACAACAUUCAUAAUAAAGAGUUUAGAGACCUUGACGUUGAUGGAUGCAGACAGGAUGGAUUGUCCUACGUUGGAGCCUAAGUGCCCAGUCUGGUUUCGAUACUGGAAAAAUGCAAGCUCAAAUAGAGCAGAAAUGGAGGGGUUUUCUUGCUAUCUACCGGUAGAGAUUGUGGAACAAAUUAUGCUGUGGCUGCCUCCCAAGUCUUUGAUGCGAUUCAAGUGCGUGAGUAAGUCUUGGUGUUCCCUUAUCAAUGGUUGUAUCAAAGAUCCAGAAUUUGUGGCAAAGCACCUUCACAACACCAACAAAGACAUAACUUCUAGAACACGCCACAUUGUUUAUUUGUAUGGAUUUUCCUACUUUAAGAAUAUGUACUCAUUGCUUAGUACGUACACUGAGUGUGAUGAUGGUGAAAAAGAAACCAUAAAGUUUGACGCCGAGUUUUUGAAUUUAUCGAAUUUUUUGAAUGGUGAGAGGUUUGCCUUUCCUGAGUAUUAUCAUUGUAAUGGCAUAAUCUGCCUUGAUGGUUCUAAGGGGGACAUGCUGCUGUGCAAUCCGGCAUUGCGUGAGUAUCUGCUUGUGACAUCAGGUAGUGCAAGCUUAGGAAUCGGAUUUGAUACUGAUUUGAGCAAAGGAAAAGGAUUUGGCUAUGAUUCGAGAACUAACGAAUACAAGGUUGUUAGUAUUUUAGAUUUCAUUGAUGAUAUUGAUGGACCAAAAAGACAAACUUGUCUGGCUGAGGUAACCACCCUUGGUUCUGGUAUUUGGCGAACGAUUGAGAUGCCUAUACAUGGUUUUUCAUCACGAUCACUCUACAGUCAUACAUACUGCAGGGGAGUGUUUUAUUGGAUGACAUCUUCUACCGAGGGUUUGAUCCUUUCGUUCAACAUGUGUGAUGAAGUAUUUCGUUGCAUAGAGCCUCCAAAUGAUGUUUUCUUAUCUGAUGGAUCACAUUGGUGGACUACUAAGCUCAGGGUGUGGAAUGACUCUCUUGUCUUAUUGUUUGAUAAUUGUCCUUGCGGGCAGGGGACCGAACCAAGAUCCAUUGAUAUGUGGGUGAUGAAUGACAACAAUGGCAGUGGCAAAAAAGGUUCGCGUUCAUGGAUCAAAUAUCUUACGAUAGAAAACCUAAAUGACAUUCUUAUGCCAUUGACAUUUUGGAAGAAUGAUGAGCUCCUUUUUAAGGAUUUAGGUCAAGUAAAGGUGGUCUCCUACAACAUCCAAAAGAAAGAGUUUAGAGACAUUGACAUUGAUGGACAGAGUCAGAGUAGAUUGUCCUUCGUGGGAACCCAUGUUCCCAGUUUGGUUUCGAUAAGGGAAAAAUGCAAGCUCAAAUUUAGGUAAUAUAUAUUUUUUAUAUCUACAAGUAAAAGAAGCAUCAAAGCAGUAUGUAUUAGUCUAUUGACUAGGAAUUCAGAGAUUCUAGGAGACUUUCUUAUCUCAGUUUGGGAUUAGUUUA